CAUAUUAACUUUAAAUACAUGUUUCUUUAUGAAUCACUUAGAACAAAAAAAAAAGUGAACAUAGUAUGUGUUGCUUUACAUUCAAUCUCCAUAGUUCUUUUUCUGGAUGCAGAUGGCAUUUUCUAUCCAAAGUUUAUUGGGAUUGCUGUGGAUGCCUAUUACUUUGGAAUGGGCUUCUAGCCUUUUUUUUUUUUCCAGCCACUGUUAAAUUGAACUCAUGCUAGGAAGGCUUAUAGGACUCUGGAGAAGGUAUUCCCAUGGAAGGGUAAAUUCUGAUGAAGCCCUGUGGUCUUGGGGACUGAAGAAGCCCAAGAAAAUCCUUUUUUAAAAUAAGGAUAAGCCUUUAUUUAAAAAUAAGCCAUAAUGCAGUUGUUACUUUUUUUUUAGGCCCCCCCCCAAAAAAAAAUCCCUCACACAUACAUGUUAACAUUUGAAAUUUUCUUAGAACACUUGGUAUUAUAUCUUAGAAUAUUUGGUAUACUUGGUAUUUUAUCUUAGUGUUCCUUGAGGGCAUAAAUUUUUGAUGUAUGCUGUUUAACAUUUUUAAUAUUGAUGGGUAAAGGCUGAAGAGGCAGACUCAUCCAAUUUGCAAACACUGGGUGGCAGAGAUCCAUGGAAAGAUCUUGACCUGCUCUGGGGAGCAAUUUUUAGUCCAUAAUUCACAGGUCAAGAACGUUGAAUAAAGGCCUAAGGAGGAUAACAAAGAUAACUACUAUAGGCUUUGCAUUCAUGUCGCCUUAUAAACUGUAUAACAAAUAUUUAUACAGAGAACUGUUAUUGCCAAGUCUGGGAAAGAGUAUCCUGGGGUAUACAUUAGUUGUCUGCAAGUCUCUAAAGGGAGGCCCCAUAAAAAAGAAAGUAGACACCAAAACAAGGGUCAGCCUCAGAAUACCAGUAUUGUUUCAGAAAAACCUCCAGAAGCAAUGCUGAGGAACUUUUUAUUUUAUUGCCAGGAGGCAAAUAAUUUGACUUCAAGAAAACUGGGGUUCUCAACCAUUUGCUCAGUCCCAAAGUAGAACAAUCUCGUCCUGCUAGAUUUUCUAGCAGAUGUUAAAGGACCUACCUCUUGCUGAUACCGUGGAGGACAUUGCUUUUGGUUCUUCCCAACUUUCGGAUUCUGUCCUCUAUUCCCCAUUCAUUCUCCAAGGGUUAAAUAGCCUCUGAGGUACCAGGAGCUAAGGAUCCAGAGAAAAGUGGUCCUCAAAGAAAGCUAAUGAGGGGAGGAGGGAGUAUGUUUCAGGGAUGGGAUUUACCAAGUGCAAAGGCACCGACCUGAGAGCUUGAUGUAUACGGAAAACAAGGCAGAAGUGAGAAGUAGGUACGAUGCUGGGAUGUGUGCAUUCAGUUCUAUGGCUCGAGUCAAGUUGGAAAGGUCUCAGUGUCCAACCUUUUCCUAGAGGCAAUCAAUAGGAACCUUGCUAAGCAAGGGAGUAAUCUCAGAACUGUCCUUAUAGGGGAUGGAUUGAAGAGGUGACAUGCUCCCAAAACCCAGCCCCCGGCGUGGCAAAAGUUCAGUCUCUUCCUCUGAACUUGGCAGGGGCGGGAGGAGGGAGGAAAGGGGGAGAAAUUAGGGUUUAUCUCCAAAGUUGGCUGGGUGACGUGGAACAAAUCGACUCCAGUCACCUUGAAGUGCUUUGCCUAAGACUUUUAUACACAUGAAGUCAUGCACAACAAAAUUAACAUUUAAGGCAGAUUAAUUGGCUAAAAUGACAGGAAAAAAUAAUGAUGAAUGUUGGAGGGGAUGCGGGAAAACUGGGACACUCAUGCAUUGUUGGUGGAGUUGUGAACGAAUCCAACCAUUCUGGAGAGCAAUCUGGAAUUAUGCCCCAAAAGUUAUCAAAUUGUGCAUACCCUUUGAUCCAGCAGUGUUUCUAUUGGGCUUAUACCCCAAAGAGAUACUAAAAAAGGGAAAGGGACCUGUAUGUGCCAAAAUGUUUGUAGCAGCCCUGUUUGUAGUGGCUAGAAACUGGAAAAUGAAUGGAUGCCCAUCAAUUGGAGAAUGGCUGGGUAAAUUGUGGUAUAUGAACGUUAUGGAAUAUUAUUGUCCUGUAAGGAAUGACCAGCAGGAUGAAUACAGAGAGAGGACUGGCGAGACUUACAUGAACUGAUGCUGCAUGAAAUGAACAGAACCAGGAGAUCAUUAUAUACCUCAACAACGAUACUGUCUGAGGAUGUAUUCUGAUGGAAGUGGAUCUCUUCGAUAAAGAGAGCUAAUUCAGUUGAAAUUGAACAAUGAUGGACAGAAGCAGCUACACCCAUAGAAAGAACACUGGGAAACAAAUGUGAACUAUCUGCAUUUUUGUUUUUCUUCCCGGGUUAUUUAUACCUUCUGAAUCCAAUUCUCCCUGUGCAACAAGAGAACUGUUCGGUUCUGCACACAUAUAUUGUAUCUAGGAUAUACUGCAACAUAUCCAACAUAUAUAGGACUGCUUGCCAUCUGGGGGAGGGGGUGGAGGGAGGGAGGGGAAAAAUCGGGACAGAAGUGAGUGCAAGGGAUAAUGUUGUAAAAAAAUUACCCUGGCAUGGGUUCUGUCAAUAUAAAGUUAUUAUAAAAUAAAAUAAAAUAUAUGAUAAAAAAAAAAGGCAGAUUAAACGUAAAUGGGUGGUCGUACAUUUCGCCACCUCCCCGCAAAAGCACCCGAUGCAGCGCACCGCUGAAGGGUGUGCAAACAAAUUGCCUUGGCAGGUCUUCUCUGCGCAUGCGCAACCGGAGUGGAGGUUUGUGCAGAGCAGCCAGCUUCCAAACCACUACGUAACCCAGCGUGCUUUGCGUUUUACAGGCUGUCUGACGUCACGUCCGCCGCUGUAGGCUGACUUCUUAGUUCCGGAGCCGGGUUCGGCGGGUCAGAGGGUGAGCGGAGUGGGAUUGGCUUGGUUGGCCCGGCUGGAGGGAGGAAGGUUGGGACUGGAGCUGCUCGCGUCGGGCCGCGAGGUCGCGGGAGCCCCCAGGAGCCCCGGCGGUUGCAGUGAGCCUCUCUCUGCUCUUGCGGAGACAGGGCUGCCGUGCGGUCUCCCCCACCCCCGGCCAGCCCAGACCGGAAGUCCUCUCUGUGGCUGUAUGCGGCGCUCAGCGGCCGGGGGAGCCCAGAGCGCUCACAGAUGAGGGUACACCCGGCCCCGUGCCUCUUCCGGGCCUGGCUCUUCCACCAGAACAAAAAAUUGACCGAGUUGAAUGCGGACUUGAAGUCCAGAAAAGCAGAGUUCGAAUCCAGCUCUUGACACUAAUAGGGGGCUCGUUGCCAAGUCACAGCCUAUGCGUUUAAAAUGGGAAUAAUGUCUCCCCCGGUCAUUGUGUGGUGAAGCUCAAAUGAGAAGGGGUAAACGGGUGGGUGUCCUGCUUCUGUGAGUCUUUGGAGGUUGAUAAUUAAUUUGGAGGUUCCUGAUAAUGCUAUCCAAAAUUGGAAUGAGUUGCCCCAAAAGAUAGUAUACAUCUUGAAAUGCAAUCCAGAUGAUCAUUUACCCAGGGAUAAGUUACUGAGUUUAGACCCUUGAGGACCAAAGAAUCACAGCCUGUGGGAUUUGUAAAACAAGAUUUGAGUUAGAUAAGUUAUUUUUUUAAUGUAUUUUUUAUUUUAUUAAACCUUUUCUAAUUACGUUUUAAAAAUUUAAGUUCCAAAUUCCCUCCCUCCAUUCUCUUGAGAAAGUAAGCAAUUUUAUAUCAAUUAUGUAACUGAAUCCAAUGUAAAACAUGUUUCCAUAUUAGACAUUGCAAAAGAAAAACAUAGACCAAGAUAAAUAAAACAAGAAAAAUAAAAUUUAAAAAGCUAACCUUCAUUCUGCAUUUGAGUUCCUCUGUUUUAUUCCUGAAGGAGGGUUUUUCUGAAAUUUCCCUGCUCCCCAUUUGUUAUAGCAAAUUGUAUUCCAUCCCAAUCAUAUAGCACAGCUUGUCCCCAAUUGAUGGGCAUCCCCACAAUUCCCAAUUCUUUGCCACUUAAAAAAAAAAGCUGCUAUAAACAUUGUUGUACAUAUAGGUCCAUUAUCCGUUUCUUUGAGCUUGGGAUACCGACCCAAUGGUGAUAUCCAAGUUCCAUCCAGCAAUCAAAUACUAAAUCCCUUAAUUAGAACAUUGCCUAAGUGAACUUAAGUUGUAGUUAUUAGCCAGGCAACUAAUCUUAAACUUGCGUUUCUUCCCCAAACAAUUAAUUCACAAAAGAUACUCAUCAGAGGUUGUAUUUCUUAUUUUGAAACUAGAUUGGUGCAUUGGGAGACAUUUUAUGUCUAGACUUCUCAUUUACCUUUAUCCCAGUUGUACCUUGGAGCUUCUUAUCAUCUGUAGCUCGUCCUUACCACAGCUGCCCCAUAGAGAAGCUUAAUCAAACAUUUAUUAGGCACCUAUUUAUGCCAGGCGCUACCCCAAAGCAAGACAGAUAAAAAAGGCAAAAGGAAGUCUCUUAGAAUCUAAUAGGGAAAAGAAGAUGCAAAUAUGUUCAAAAUGAGCAUGAUAAUAAGAAACAAAGGAAAGCACUGAAAUUAAAAGGGGUUAGGGAAUGCUUUCUGAAGAAGGUAAAAUUUUCAUUGGGAUUGUAUUGAUUUUGGUAUGAAUCUGAAAGUUUUCACUGAUAUAGAGACUAAACUGGUGAUCAUCAUUCAGAUCAGUCACUUGUCAUGUAGAGAUUGACAGCUUGUGGUCACCCAGAUUAUCUUCUUGUCUUUCAUUUUGAUGCUUGAGGGAGCAACCAAUGUUUAUUUAAUUGAAUGAGUAUUAUUCACAAAGGUGUUUAUUGUGCCCUGUGUCUCAAGAAUAGAAGCUUGGAUAUAGUGAUCUGGGAUUGUUUAAAAUGAAACACAUUACCCUUUCCAGUCAGGAGGCACUUACUUAAUUGCAUUUAAGUUUCUAAACCCAAUUCCAGGGAGACUCCUCUUAAUCCAGGAAUCCCUUCCUAUAUUAGGUCUUAAAUGCCAAUAAUGUGAUUUUCUUACAGGUGGAUGUGUGUUGCUUCCCGUCAUAACUAGUUAGGAUGUGUGGAGCAAUAGUUAAGUGGUAGAAUUGCUAGUUUUGGCGUGCCCCACAAAGCUCAGGAGGCACCAAUUGGGAAAAAUAAGUUCUUAAGCUGUCAUUCAGUGAAAUAGUGCUUUAAAGUUUGCCAAGUUAGUUACUUAUAUUGUCUCAUCUGAGCCUUUCAACAGCAUGGUGAGCUACUGUCAUUCCAAUACUGAGGAAGGGGGGCAAAUCACAAUUUCUGAGCCCCAAUUUCUUCAUCUGCAAAAUGGGGUAGUACUUGGUAUGUUAUCUAAUUUAUUGUAUGGGGAAACACUUAGUAAACAGAAAACUGAUAAAUAAAUAUAUUUUUAAUAUGUUUAACAUAUAUUGGAUUACUUGCCAUCUAGGGGAGGGGGAAAAAUUUGGAACACAAGGUUUUGCAAAAAAAAAAGAAUCGUAGCUAAUAAGCAGAAUUUGAAUACAAUAUUUUGUAACCUUAAAAAAAAAAGAAAUGUGAACUUGUAUGGUAGAACAGUUUAAAUCAUCAGGUUCUGCUCUUGAGAUGUGAUUUUUUCUAUCUAUCAUUUUUCUCUAAGUAGGUAUCUGUCAUAGGAAUAGCAUGUUCAUGGGAUAAUUUGUUAGACUCAAGUAGAAGAAAUAUGAAAGAAUCCAUUAGGGCUGCAUAUUGACUUCAAAAACCAUAUAUUUACAUAAUCUAUAUUUUAUUAGGUAUUUUUAUUUACUAUUUCCCAGUUACAUUUUAAUCUGGCUUGUCUGCAAUAGGAAUAUUGUGGGGACCUUGUAUAGGACACCACUGGUAUGUAUUGCCAGGAUCCCUGUGCAUAGGAAUAGCAUGAUGGAAAAGAUUCUUUUGGUUGGAGCUGACUGCACAAAUUUCUGGUGGAAGUAUCCAUCUACUUGCCCUUGCUCCUUUUGUCUGUCCUUUCCAUUUUCCAGGAUGCCCUAUCAGAUCUGACCCAGAUGGAGGCCAGGGCUUCUGCUCAGAUCAUGUGGACUGCAGAUGAGAUUGCCCAUCUGUGCUACACACACUACAGCACCAGGCUGCCCAAGCAAGGGAAGCCAGAGCCUGAUCGAGAAUGGACCUUGCUGGCAGCUGUGGUGAAGGUGAAUUCUACAGCCGAAGGCUCUAGUGACCCCAGGGACAAGUCCUCCCAAGUAACUAAGGAAGUUGUCUCCAUGGGAACAGGAACGAAAUGCAUUGGCCUGUCCAAAAUGAGAAAAAGUGGAGACAUCCUUAAUGACAGUCAUGCUGAGGUCAUAGCCAAGAGGAGUUUCCAGAGGUACCUAUUCCAUCAGCUCAGGACUGCAGCCAGCCUGCCCCAGGACAGCAUCUUUAUGCCAGGAACCAAGAAAGGAAUGUGGAAGCUCAAACCAGACUUGCAUUUUGUGUUUUUUUCUAGCCAUACUCCCUGUGGGGAUGCCUCCAUCAUCCCGAUGCUGGAGGGUGAAGAUCAGCCUUGCUCUCCAGUCUGUAGUGACGGAGCAAUCAGCCAGUCAGCAGAGGCCAUUAGUGACUCUGUGGUGCUAGAAAAUAAAAGGAAAGGGGAAGAAAUCCCAGCACAUCUUAUAACUAAGAGAAUGAGAACAGAGAGCAGGGAUCUCUCCACAGACAUCCUCAGUGAGAUAGCCAUGCAUUAUUCUACUGGGAAGGAAGGGAGCUUACAAAUACCGGCAGAUGCCAGCAACUCCAGCUCUCCAGCAAAUGGAUCAGCAGCAGGACCAGCAGCUACUAAGGGGACUGUCCCAGUUGGUGCUAAAGUAGUGGAUAUUUAUAGAACUGGAGCAAAAUGUGUGCCAGGGGAAGCUGGAGAUACUCAGAAGCCUGGUGUCGAAUAUCACCAGGUGGGAUUACUCCGAGUAAAGCCAGGCCGCGGAGACCAAACCUCCUCUAUGUCCUGUAGUGAUAAGCUGGCAAGGUGGAAUGUGCUUGGGUGCCAAGGUGCCCUGCUGAUGCACUUCCUGGAGGAGCCGGUCUACCUGGCAGCCCUGGUCAUUGGAAAAUGCCCUUACAGUCCUGAGGCCAUGAAGAGGGCCCUGAUUGACAGGUGUCAGCAUGUGUCCAGCUUGCCCAGAGGUUUCCAAGUCCAAGAGUUGAAAAUGCUUCAGUCAGAUUUGCUGUUUGAACACAGCCACCAUGCAGUUCAGGCAAAGAGAGCCAACUUCCCAGGGAAAAUUGUUCCUUGUGGGGCUGCCAUAAGUUGGAGUGCAGUCCCAGAGCAGCCUCUCGAUGUGACCUGCAAUGGGUUCAGGCAGGGAGCUACAAAGAAGAGCAUUGGAAGUCCACAGGCCAGAUCCAAAGUCUGUAAGGUGGAACUCUUCAACAUGUUCCAGAAUCUGGAUCAAGAAGCUUGAAACAUACUGGGAAUACAAGGUGGCAGCAGCCAGCUACCAAGAAGCCUGGAAGACACUUCAGAAGCAGGCAUUUGGCUCCUGGAUCAGAAAUUCACCAGAUUACCAACACUUUAAAUGAGAAGACAAAAUCUGCACAAACCCAUUAAAGACAGUAUGCUUUCCAACCUUUGUCCCACACA